AUGAUCCAAGUGAGAUUUGAAUGGAUUCGUAGUUACGAGAACUAUCGUGUUGUUCUCGUUUUGGCUCUUGACCUCGUUCGUCAACUCACAAAACUCUCUGAAUUGACCAAUGAACACUCUGGCCACUCUGUAUCCUAUGUUAACAAGUUCAAACUGAUGUCACCUGAAUUUCGUGAACCUCCCAAGUGACCUUUGAAACAGCCCGACUUCUUGCAUAGCAAUACGGAGCCGCCAAGGCGGGAUUCGAUCAACUGACCCGAUGCGUGGCAAUAGAGCUCAUUGAGCAUGGCGUGGGAGUCAACUCGGUGAGCCCUGCCCUCAUCGAAACCGGAUUUUUGAAUGAUGUGGGAAUGGCGAAGGAGAUGUCAACGAAGGUUGAGAAAUACUACGUGGAGCACAGAGACUGCAUCCCCGUCGGAGCAGCGGGAACUCCGGAAGACGUGGCUCUUCUGAUUGCCUUCGUCGCUGACAGAAAGUUCUCUUCUUUCAUAAUCGGACAGUCUAUCUCUCGUUUUGGCAAUGACAUCGCGUGA